AUGGGCAACAUCUGCGGCAAAACCGAAUCCGAGCCAUCUCAGCCCGGCCGUCCCCUCGGCUCCGCUCCGCCCCCGGGCCCGAAAACAUCGCGCGUCCCCCCGAAAGUCGGCGGUCCUCCACGAACACUCGGCGGUGCUGGCAGCGACGUUGGAAGUGGUGUUAGCAACUCGAGCGAUCCGAGCGAUGCGCGAAGGAAAGCUGCCGAGGCGGCCGAGGCCCGUGCAAAAGCCUCAUCGAAAGGCGGCAAACUCCAAUCGCAGCUCAAUGCGCAAAAGAAGCAGAACCGGAACAGUACCCUAGCCGAAGCGAGCAACCAGGAACUUCGUGCCCGAGACGCAGACGAGGCCGCCAACGCGCGAAAUUGGGAGUAA